CGAUGGUCAUAUAAAUAUGGAGACAUCUGCUUGUUUAAAGGGAGUAUUUACGCGGUCAACCAGUCCGGCGAGACAGUUACGGUUGGACCAGACUCGAGCGUCGAGUUAGCAGCUCAACCUUUGGAUCCUGGUAUUCCUGGGUUGAAUAAAAUGCUAGUGGAGAGUGAGGGUAGGUUGUUGUUAUUGGCAAUUCAUGAGAUAUUUUAUUGCUUCAGUAUUGAUUUUUUUAAACUUGAUGAGAAGGAGAAGAAGUGGAUGAGGUUGAUGGAUUUUGAUGAGAAGGAGAAGAAGUGGGUGAAGUUGAGGCAUUUUGGGGAUAGGAUUUUUUUCAUUGGGCGUGGAUGUUCGUUUUCUGCUUCUGCUUCAGAUCUAUGUAUUCCGAAAGGAAAUUGUGUCGUCUUUAUUGACGAAUCCGUCCUCUGUAUUGACAAUAUGUUUCAUCAGAAACGUGUAUUUCACUUGGAUCAAAAUCAACUUUCAGGUGGGGCUAAAUAUCUUAACUUGUUCUUGCCACCGAAGUGGAUCCACAAUAUCUGAAU